UCGACUCUCUCUAAAGCAUCAUGUGACUGUUACAAAACUUUAAUGUUAUAGUGUUAAUGGCAGAUCCUUUGAUGGUCCUUUCUCUUCAACCUCCUCCGUUUCUCAUCUUCUCUUCUUCUCUUAACCGUAGAUGGGGUUUGUCUCGCAGUGGGAUUAGAUUCUCUGUUCCUGAGUUCAGAUUGUCUUCUCAACUACAAUUGUCUAAUUCUACUUCACCUUCACAGUCUUCUUCUUCUUCUACUGCUCCGGAGAAGCUUGAUCUCGUGUCUAGCACUCAGCUAAAGGAUGGAAGCCAUGUCUUCAGAUUCGGAGAUGCAAGUGAAGUUGAAAGGUAUCUUGAGAGUGAAGAAAAAGCGAGAUGCUUAGAGUUAGAGAAGAAGCAAAGUGCUAAGAUAGGAGAAGAAGGAGUGAAAGAUGGACAUGCAUUGGCCGAUCUAGGUCCUGUUUCUGAACUGGAGUCUCCCAAGGAAAAAUCUGUUGUGAAGAAAAAACCGGUGAAGUCUAGUACUGAAAUAGUUUCUGAGAAAGAGGAAGGAGCUGCUGCUCCUGCCAGACUCAGCAGUGUGAUCAAAAUUAAGGAUCGUAAAAGGGUUCGUUCUCCUGUUAAGAAAAAGAAAGAAACGCCGAUUCCAGUGGAUGUUUUAGGGAGUGAAGAUGAAGUUGAAGCUAAAGUUGCUAACUCUAUAGUUAGUGUAGCAGAAGCUAUUCCUACUAGCUCUACUGAAGAAAAAACCAGUGAGGAUGUAGAGCCACUUUCUUCUGAAGUUAUGGGGAAAGUCUCAGUGAAUGAAAUAAGAGACUGUGAGACAAAUGGUUACAAUCAAAUCACUGAGAGUCGAGUGGAGGAGCAAGCAGGACCAGGAUCAUCUACUACACAACAUGACUCACAGUUGAAUGAUCUCAAGGAAGUUAUUAAGGUUUCUACCGUUGAACUUGAUGAGAAUUUGGAAGAGAUGGAAGACCUGAUGAAGACUUUCGAAGCUGAGGAAAAUCUUGUCGUUGAACCAACAGCUACAGUUGAACUUGAUGUGUCUCCUGAUGAACUAGUUGUUGUGUCUCCUGAUGAAAAUCUUGUCGUUGAACCUACAGCUACAGUUGAACUUGAUGCGUCUCCUGAUGAACUAGUCGUUGUGUCUCCUGAGGAAAAUCUUGUCGUUGAACCUACAGCUACAGUUGAACUUGAUGCGUCUCCUGAUGAACUAGUCGUUGUGCCUCCUGAGGAGAAUCUUGUCGUUGAACCAACAGCUACAGUUGCUGUGACUCCUGAUGAACUGGCUGCUGUGUCUCCUGAUGAACUAGUUUCAACUUCCGAAGCAACAAAACACAGCGUUGAGGAGACUGCUGAAACGCCUGUAAUUGAUACGUCUGAAGUGGCAAAUGAAGGAGAAAAUGUGUCUUCAACCAUAGAAGAUGAAGUAGCUGUGAUUGACAGUAAAAAUGAUAAUGGUAGCAUAUCUAAAACUGUCAAUGACACAAAUGACGAAGAUCUCCAACUUCCUGCACCUGAAACAGCUAGUCGUCAACUCAUUGAAGUGGCUUUAGACAGGGAAGAGACUGUGUCCAAAGCAUUUUAUUUGGAAUCUGGUUUUGCUUCAUUCCAAAACCCCAAUAAGGCAUUGACAGGUCGGGAAGAUGCUUAUUUUAUCUCUGACAACAACUGGCUAGGUAUUGCAGACGGAGUCUCUCAAUGGUCUUUUGAAGGAAUCAGUGAGGGGGAGUAUGCUCAAGAACUUAUGAGCAACUGUCAGAAGAUUAUCUCUGCUGAAACUGCAGAGAUAUGUGAUGAUCCAGUUCAUGUUCUUCAUAGAAGUGUUAAUGAGACUAAGUCCUCUGGAUCAUCCACAGCCUUGAUUGCUCAUCUUAGCAAUAAUGAACUCCAAAUUGCCAAUAUUGGAGACUCAGGAUUCAUGGUUGUCAGGAACAGAACAGUAUUGCAGAAGUCGUCUCCAAUAUUUCAUCAUUUUUGUUUUCCCUUGCACAUCACACGAGGCGAUGAUGUCCUUAAACUUGCAGAGGUUUACCAUGUGAAUCUGGAAGUUGGUGAUGUUGUCAUUACAGCAACUGAUGGGCUCUUUGACAAUUUGUAUGAGAAAGAGAUUGUUUCAAUAGUUUGCAGGUUACUGGAACAGGGUUUGGAACCUCAGCAGAGAAUAGCAGAGUUGGUGGCUGCAAAGGCACAAGAGGUGGGAAGAUCAGAGACGGAGAGAACGCCAUUUGCAGACGCAGCUAAAGAAGAAGGACAUGAUGGAUACAGAGGUGGUAAACUUGAUGCAGUUACUGUCAUCGUUUCACUUGUAAAAACUGUCUCUAUCUAAAGUAUAUGCAUCUUCCUCUCCCACUGUAAAUAAAGAGAGAUAUUAUAAUACACACCAUCUUGUUGGUUU